AUGCUGAUAAUAUUUUACAUACUGCUGAGCGUCAGAGUUGGUAGAUGCACAGAUGAUCUAUUCUUUGAAACAAAGACUUUAGUUGUUGGAGAUUAUGUGACUCUGAAAUGCCCACGCCGAACAGCUGAGUACAAAGAAACCAUGUACUGGAUCAGGAUAGUUUCUGGAAGCUCAGCUGAAUUCUUGGGAGGAACAUUUACCUUUGACUAUAAUGGUGUUAACAAAACUCCCCAUAUUACAGCAAAACAAGAGCCUGGAACUUUUACUCUUGAAAUAAGUAAAGUUAAUCUUAGUGACAUUGGCCUUUACUACUGUAUAAAAGUCAGGCAGCUUGCUAUGACAUUUUUAAAAGGAACGUUUCUUACAAUUAAAGAACUAGAACUUGAUGUCACUGACAUUUUUCAAAUGCCUCCAUCUGAUCAUGUCUAUCAAGGAGAUCCAGUGGCUCUGCAGUGUUCACUCCUCUCUAACACUGAGAAGAAAACUUGUUCUGGAAAUCACAGUGUGUUUUGGUUCAGAGCUGGAACAGACGAGUCUCAACCCAGUCUAAUCUAUGCUCAUGGAAAUACUGGUGAUGAAUGUAACAAGAGUCUUGAGGAUCCUUCCCAAUACAAAUGUGACUAUAGCUUCUCCAAGAACGUCAGCACUGCUGAUGCUGGCUCUUACUAUUGUGCUGUGGCCACAUGUGGACAGAUCGUUUUUGGAAAUGGAACAAAGCUGAACAUUAAGGGGCCCAGCACAUGGGACUUGCAGAAGGCCAAUACAGUUCUCUUUGUGUUAUCUGCUGCACUGGCUACAAGUCUACUUGUUAUAACCUACCUCAUCAAGAGAUUAAGUGUUUGCUGCCCUGAGGCCUACGAGAUGAGCAUUGAGGGCUUCCUCACAGACAACCAGCCCUAUCAGGUGUAG